AUGAAGGUUCUGCUCGUGUUGGCCGUCAUCUCCGUGGCGAGCGGUGAUUCUGUGAGCCGCGACAAGCGCAGCUUCGGCCCCGUGGGCCUGCAGCAGGCCGGGCUCCAGGGCCUGCCAGUCCAGGCCGGGCUCCAGAGCCUGCCGGUCCAGUCCGGGGCCCUGCAGACCUCCUCCCUCCAGUCCAACACGGAGCAGUCCACGUCGUUCCAGUCCAACACGCGUCACACCACCGUCCUGAACUCCGUGCUCCAGCCCUCCUACCACUACCAGCCGCAGGUUCAACGACCUCUGUACAACGUGCAGCCUGUGUACUCAGCGCCCCAACAGCAGGAGUAUCACGUCCAGGCUCCCGUCUCCUACAACUACCCAGUGAAUAGAGUCGUGUACAGGGAGCCACUACAGACGUACGCCCCCGUACAGAACUACCAGCCCCUACAGACUUACACGCCCAUCCAGACCUACAGACCGGUAGAGACUUACAGACCAGUGGAGACCUAUAGGCCCGUGGAGGUGUACAGACCAGUCCAGACUGUCCAGACCGUCCAGACUGUGCCCAUCAGGAACUACAACCUCGCUCCACUCGUUUACCAGAGGAACGGAGCCUGGAACAACAACCAGUGGUGUUGA